AUGCUGACUGACCACCGGGAGAUUGCGAAGAGUCGCAAUCUUGCUUCAGAGAAAGUCAAGACACUCGGGCACCCUGGCCUGUCCGACACCUUUUGGACAUUUGCAAAGACUGUCCAGCUGCUCAAGGUCGAAAAAGUCCAGGAUGGUGAGGAACAGAACUUGAGGUACAACAACACCUUGUACAACACGGCCUUACACCAGGCUGCCACAGCAGCUGUUGCAGUGCUGCGGGGUCCAUCCGGUCCCGUGGAGAAGGCUGCCCGGAGAUUGGAGCUGGAAUUUGAGCGGGGCAUCUUGAGCAGUCAGUACUCGAAGUUGAGCAAGCUGUUAUCGCUGACCAACAAGCUCGCAUCUGCUACCAGAAACGCUGUAGACCUGACGGCCUGGAUGAUCGACUCCUUGACGCUGGCCCUGCGCAUGAACAUGGUCCCGCCAGCUAAAUGCACCGAGAAGUUUCUGGAUCGAGACCGGAAGACAGGCGAUGCUGGCUUUUGGUUGUCGCGCAUGCUGGUGGUGCAGGUCUUCGAUUAUGCAGCAAAGCUGGCGAACAAGUUGCCGGAGCCGGACAAGGUUAAGCUGACAGGGAUUUUGGCUGAACUCCGUUGCCCUUCCACAUGUUGGGAGAAAUAUCUCUGCCAUGCUGAUGCUGAUCAAGGGGCUGCUGUAGAGGACGACAUGGACGGCGAGGACCCAGAGGACGUGGAGCGCCCUGUUCCGCAGUCCAAGAUUGGAGCUGUUAAAGAGGGUUUCAACAAAGCCAUUGGCAUGCUUUUGGAUUUGCUGCUGGGGCUGAUGUCGGGGAAGUACUACAAGGAUUGCUGCAUGCUGGCUUCGAGUGAAGAUGGCCUUGCAAAGGCAUUGACAGCUGCACAGCUUGGAAGCUCGGUUGACACGGAGCACGAGGAGCCAUGUGCGCUUAUCACUCAGAUGAAGAUCAUUGUCGACAAGUUCGACAACAGCACGAAGUCCGUUGGUGCCACAUCUGCGGCUCCUGCUCCGAGUUUGCUCCAAAGCCUGGCCAAGGCUUCUGAAGCUGACACACCCGAGGAAUGUGUCGAGCGUGAGCGGCAGUGGAAGGCGGUGCAAACGGAACGCCGCAAGUUCGUGUCGUUCUCGGUACCGAACAAGAUCUCGAAGGACUGCCUAGUCAAUGCGUUCAGAGGUUGCGGCAAGGUCUUCACGCACAAGGGCACCUUAAACUCUUCGCACCGCCUGAUCGUUGCCAGUGCGGAGCUCUUGGCAGAGGCUGGUACCGACCCGUGGCUCAAGGGCACUCCGCCAAGCGAGGAAUGGAAAGAGAUCUGUGCCUUUGCCAAAGACAUUUCUGGGCCCGAGGAUUUCGUCGUACUCUUCGACGGCAGAAUGCGGGAAAUUCGCCGCGUGUCCGAAGACCUCCUGCUGAACCAGCAGCACACCGAGGAGUGCACCAUCGUGUACUCAGGUGGGUGCCCGCCGAGAACUGGUCGCACUCGCCGCGUUCCUCUGGCUGCAAAGAAGGUGGAGACAGGAGCGGUUAAGUUCCCGGUCGCACGCACCAAGAUUCAGACGACGAAGAAAGGCUCCUUCACAGUCUGCGGCGAGGCUUCUACGUACCAAGGCACUUACUCAGGCGUGGAGUACCGUGCGGUUUCUGAAAUGCCCCUCGUGUCUGCAGACACCAAGAAGAAGAUCAUUGCUCCGGCAACAACCGGCGACCUCCCGACACCGCCAGAGGACUGGCAGGAUCGCCACGGCUCCGACGUACCCUUGUUCUGGAACGAGUCGAAGCCGAUAGCAUAUUGGAAUGCCAUCAUUGAGGAGUUUUGCGCGGAGGCAGUGUUUGACCUCACGGCUGGCACCGGUGCUCUGAUGGAGGCUUCUUUGACUGCCGGCAUCGCAUACCACGGGCUUUGCAGCCUCAACAAGGAGCACAUGUCGUGGGUCCAGGCGGUUGCUGAUCGCGCAGCUUGCGGAAUGAUGGCUUUGGAGGGAUCCACUCUUUACUCGGACGAGAAUGCCAAAGCGGUGAAGAAGCAUUUCCCGCACGUUCUGGAGAGCUUGUCCAACCAAGACGACCAGGACGAGGCCUACCAGACGCCUCUGGGGCAAAACCAGUCUCAAGACGGCUUCUCGUCGGAUGCCCCGGGGGCUCGAAGGGCCUUCGUCAUCUGGUUCCAGGAAAACUCCGAAGUCAAGAAAGGCGCUCCCAAGCACGAGUUUCUCAAUGAGAUGAAGCAUCUUGGCGCAGUCUGGCAGGGCAUGACCGACAAGCAGAAGGCACCAUUCAUGGCGAGGAGCAAAGAGGAGUUCAUGGCUCAGCGAAGUGCACUGGCCGUUCUUGGCAUCAGGAUGCGGGGCUCCACGACCAGUGCGGGCGGCCCCGACGAGGCGAAGGGCCCCCCUGCCGCUGACGAAUCUGGCGGGCUCCAAUUGGAGGCGGAGCCUAUGGCAGUGUCUACAGUUGCCAGCAUCCGCAAAGCGGCCUUAACGUGGCGGCACGAAGUGGAGCAGAUGAAGCUUCUAAUGAAGGCCGUUCCGCAGCAGAAGAUGAUGUGGUUCCCGCUUCUUGUCAGCUCGGGUGUCACGGGCAGACCUUGGCCAUGGAUGGCUACUAGCCUAUGUGGGCCCAGCCUGGCAACCGCACUUCGAAAUCCUGCGGCGCAUGGCAAGCCGAGGACGUGGUCUGUGGCAGCUCAGCUGAGAAGUGCACUGCAGACCUUGCAUGACGCAGGCAUCCUACACUUGGAUGUGAAACCUGGCAAUGUUCUUUGGUGCCCUUGCACAGAUCAGGUGCAGGUGUGCGACUUCGGCAUGAGUGAGAACAUGGCACGGCUCCAGAAGGCUUCUCAGGCUCCCAGGUUCCUGCAGUAUGUCACGGCUGCCUAUCGACCUCCGGAGCUGUGGCCCGCUCGUGUGAAUGUCGAUGGAGACUGCGGUGUCAGAAAGCAGCUGCUGACUGCAGCUGUGGAUAUGUGGGCCUAUGCUUGCGUGGUGUUUGAGGUGGAGACCGGGAAUCCCUUCAUGCCCAAGGGGGAGGCCGGACUGAGAGCGUGGUGCAAGCAGUGGCCCGAGCUGUGGAAAACACGCAGCGACUUAGCCAAUUGCCCCGCUGCAAGUCACACGUGCUGCACCAAGGUGCUUCGAGCCGGUAAAUGGGGGCUGUUUGUGUUGGUCGGCUGUGCUCCAGACCCCGGAAAGCGGCGGUGGCCGGAGCUCUGUCUGAAUCAGAAAUGA